AUGCCGGCACACUAUACUUGUGAGGCCACUACAGUGUGUACAAAUUUUCAAUCAGCUAUUUGUUUACAUUGCAAUCGUCGACUAUGUGUUCAACAUAUUAUUAACCACAAUCAAAUUAUUCCUAGCAGUAUGGAAAAUCUUGCAAGUGACCUUGAAUUUACUUUUCAACAAAUUAACGAUAACUAUGAAAAAAGUCGAGAUACCUAUAAUUCAACGUUAACAUCAUUAAAUAAAUGGCGAACGCAACAAAUAGAAAGAGUUCAACAGAUUUAUGAAAAUCGUUUACAUUGUGUUGAGUCUCAACAAGAAUCGUUGAGUUUACUACAUCAAACAUUAACUGAACAACUUGAUCGUGAUGCUCGACAAGAAUUAAAACUUAUAGAGAGUCAAAAGAAUGCCAUUGCAGAAAAACUUAGCAAUAUCCAUCAAACAAUUUCGAAAGUACAUCAAGAUGGUUUACAAUUAAAAUGGGUAGUAUCGUCAUUGCCACCAGAAGUUAAUUUAGAUCCAUCUUUUGGACAUCCUAAACCAUUGCCAGUCUCAAGAUGUACAUCAGCAUCAAAUAUCCAUGAAUCAUCUCGUAAACGAAAACGUUCGGCUAGUGUCUCAUCAGAGGAUUUUAUAAGUCUACGAAAAUAUCGAUCAUUUAGACGGCUCGUUGAAAUGUUUUCUAAUACAUUGGAUAUAGAAGAAAGUAAACUUCGUAUUGCCAAUUAUCUUGCACUGCAAGGCUCUAGUUUUCAAUUGCCUACACUUAUCAGUUCGUAUCUUGCUGCAUGGCACGGAAAAUCAGACUCGAAAGAAAAGAAUAUUGUUCUAAAUGAAUAUUUAUUCACUAUUAUAAAACACACAAUGUGUCGUCACACUGGAUACAUAAUUUUAUUGGGUAUCUAUGCAUUCUUUUUUAAUGAAAAAUUUCAAGGAAACAAAAGAGAGGCGAUGACAUUUCUACUACAAUUUUUUGUUAAUCAUGAAUGCAUUAGUCAAAAACAAAUACUCCAUUGGUACAAUAAUGUACAGUUACAUACUUGUAUGGACUUUGAUGGUGCGAGGCUAUUGAUUGAGCCAUAUAUCAAAACGAUUUGGAGUAAUAAUACAGUAACGAAUCCCGAGACAGUCCCAGUCAAUAGAAAUAUGGUCAAAUUAUCUAACCCCGUUGAGAUUAAAAAAGAGCCAUCUGAAACUGCUGAAAUAAAACAAGAAUCAAUUUGUAUUUAA